UCUGGUCUCUGGUGCAAAUUGGAUGAGCCCAACGAACAUAUUGAAAAGUUUUUUCUUCAAGAUGUUAGUUUUGUGGUACACGAAAACAGCCUCACUGUGAUGACCGCUCAAGUUGGCAGUGGAAAAUCAACUCUUUGGGCUGCAAUAGCUGGUGAAGUGAUUGAAACAAUUCAAGUGGUAAUUAUAUAAUAUAGUCUGUCCAGGGACUAUAGCUUAUGUACCUCAGUCGCCUUGGGUUUUCUCAGGGACAAUCAGAAAAAACGUUUUAUUAUUCGAUGCAAACUUUUCUUCCUUUUCAUUGGCCGAAAGCCCACCACGUGACCUGCAAAUAACUGCCUAGAAAUACUGGUCUGCUCAUGCGCAAUGUUGUCCAACUGUGUUUGGGUGCAAAUAAUAUUCUGCUCAUGCGUAAACGAAACCACGCGUGAUCGUUCUCAAGUGAAAAAGGCAGAUCGCUUCGUUUCCAGAAGAUAUUCAUUAAAAACAAACUUGGUGAUCGAAUGAUAAAACAAUUAUUGAACUCGGUUAUCGCAAAAUAUCGUGAUUUGCUAGUGUCUCGCACAUCAAUUAUUUGGAUCUGCUCGCCAUGCACUGACAAAUCACGAUAUUUUGCUCAACCUCGUCUUGAUCUGCUCGCCAUGCACUGACAGAUCACGAUAUUUUGCUCAACCUCGUCCAAUAAUUGUUAAUUGUUUGGUGAAACAUAUCAAGGAGAAAAAUUCACCAAAGUCUUGGAGGCUUGUGCAAUGCUUGAGAACAUAAAGAGAUUCCCCAGAGGGGAUCUUACGUUUGUUGGAGAACGCGGUACCGUUUUAAGUGGG